UAGAACUAAGAAACCUCUUUAAUAGUAAUCUCCAUGUAUAUGUUUAUAGUAUGUGUGUAGCAUGUCUCUCUAAGUUCAUCUUUCCUAAAUUUAAAAGUUAAAAGUUAAUUUACAAGUUGGUACAAGUAGCUUGGAUAUCUUGGUCCUGCUUGCCUCAAACAUGUUGUACUUAAAAUGUUCUAUAAACAAAUACAUCCCAAUAGGAACUCAACUUUCUUAUAAACCGUGAGGUUAGGGAGGCUGAGACCGAGGCACAUGCAGGUCUGGCAGCUUUUAACAGGCAACACAACAACCCAAAGGGUUUGGUAAGCUCAAAAUUGAGGGUUUAAACAGAAUCACAACCUGGUAAUCUACAAGAGUAAACAGCUGGGUAUUGACGGAGACAAAAUCACCUGAGCGUCAAAAUACUACAUGCAAUAUAUAUACUAAGCCUAUUGCCUUGUUAUUUAGGCAGUCAUUUUAAUCAUAACAAUGGCAUUAAUUGUACAGUGGAAAUUCCUGUUUAUAACUGCCUUAUCUCAACACUAGCUGUAGCCAUGUUUUCUGUUGUUUUAAAACCUUGUUAUUAUAUGACUGUAUUCUUUUGACAAACUCCCAGGGGUAUUUAAAUGUAGAUCUGUCUGUGUUAGAAUGAUAAGGUGUUCAAGACACCUCCCUCUGUCCCUCCCAUGCCACUAUCGCUGUCUGAGUCAGUGGCUCUGUCUAUGGUACUACUGGAAGGCUAACUGGCUAAACAGGGGUAGGCUAAAUUGCUAAGUGAAAAACUUCUGAGUCGUAGGCUGGAUAAAUGGUGGACUGGCUACAGAUUAUAUGUGGGUGCGGAGGACGAGGAGACGUGGAGCGGAGCUAUGCAGCUCUCUGAAGAAGACGGCCGGACGUUCAUGCAGGUGUUAAGUGAGAAGUACAGCCCAGAGAACUUCCCAUAUCGACGCGGCCCCGGCAUGGGCGUGGUGGUUGUGCCGUCAGGGCUGGGCCCUCAGGGCUCUCCCAUGAAAGACCGCCUGAACCUGCCCAGUGUGCUGGUCCUCACUGGCUGUGGCAUUACCAGGGCUGGGGAAAGGGCAGAUAUUGCUGCCUUCUGUGCCCAUGUGGUGGAGCUAGACCUGUCCCAUAACCAGCUACAGACCUGGGAACAGGUUAGUGAGAUCAUCUCCAACAUCCCCAACCUGGACUUCCUGAACCUGAGCUCCAAUCCCCUGGGAGAGGCGGGGCUAGAGCAUCACUGUGCUAAGGCCUUCUCUCAUGUCACACGCCUCGUCCUCAACAACACACGUGUGCCAUGGGACUCUGUGCACACACUGACUCGGGAGAUGCCAGAGCUGGAGGAGCUGUUUCUUUGCCUUAACGAGUACACAAGUGUGUCGCCCUGCUCAGUGCCCUGUCCCAGUCUACGCUUGCUGCACAUCACCGACAACCGGCUGCAGGACUGGGCUGAGGUCCGUAAACUGGGCCUCAUGUUCCCAGGCCUGGAUACCCUGGUCAUGGCCAACAACAACCUGAACUCCAUCCAGGACAGCAGGGACAUGCUGCCUCGCCUAUUCCCAAACCUCCGCAGCGUCAACCUUCACAACUCAGGUCUGGCCACAUGGGAUGACAUAGAGAAGUUAAACUGUUUUCCUAAACUGGAGGAGAUUCGUCUGCAGGGGGUUCCCUUACUGCAGACCUACACCAAUACAGAGCGUCGCAGCCUCAUGAUAGCACAGCUGCCAUCGGUCUCCAGUCUGAAUGGCAGUGUGGUGACAGAUGGUGAGAGGGAGGACGCUGAGAGGUUUUUUAUCCGCUACCACCUGGACUACCCACAGGAAGAGCUGCCCGAGGGGUAUCACAGACUGGUCAGUAAGUACGGCCGCUUGGAGCCCCUGGCAGAGGUGGACCUGCGUCCUCGCUGCCAAGCCCAGGUGGAGGUCCAGUGUGAGGAGCGGGUGGAGCAGGUGAGCAUCCGGCUGGACCAGACGGUUCUGGAGCUAAAGCGUCAGCUGAGGACGGUAGUGCAGCUGUCCACCAACAGCAUGAGGCUGUACUACGUGGAUAAGGAUGAGCACUGCCCUUUCGGGCCCGAGGAGAUGAAGUACAGUAGCCGGGCGCUGCACUCCUACAGCAUCCAGGAUGGGGACCAGAUCCUGGUGGUGCCCAAGAACAAGUGACCUGCACACACGCUGGGCUGUCUGGCUAGCUUGAUGCACCGCUAGCUAGCUGGAUGGAUAACUGGCUGGCAGACUUGCUGGCUGGUGGACUGGAGGAAUGGCUGGCUGGCUGGCUGGUUGGUUGAUGGAGUCCUGCUUGCUAAGUCCCCCCCUCCCUCCCUUCCGCAGCCAGACAUGGGCACUAUUAGUUAGUUAGACAUAAUUGUGCUUCACAUCACAGCAGCAUACUUCAUCACACAGUAAUGUAACACACUAAGUUAAUGCUACCAAUGUGUGUUGUAUACAGCCCUCUACAGGCUGUACAAGUGUGUGAUGGGUCUCUCUGUAUUGAUGUUUAACCUGGCCUGAGAGAAUCUUGCCUAUUAAGGAGUGACUGAAAGUCGAUGCCAGAGCAGGCACACGCACACACGGACACACAACUACCCAGACAGUAGGAAGGAUUGAGCAGAGUGAACCAAUACGGUGAUCUGUACUUUGGCCAGGUGUUUUAUUCAAUUGUCUUUGUUUCUGAUGAUCAUCCGGACCAUAUAGUACUGUAUGUUCUAGUUUGUCCUCAUAAUCUAAUAAUUACAUACUUGCUUGACCAUCGGCUAACUGAAAUUAUUAUUAAGAUGUUUAGUACAUGCUAAGUUAUUUUUUGUACAUGAUUUACACAUCUUCUUUACCUGCCCUCUACUUACCCAUUUACACAAUAUUCAGCACCCUUCCCACCAGACUUUUAAUUUAAAGGCUGACCAUUUUUUAUCAUAUUGAUUUGUGACUAUCAAUCACACCACACCUGAAACAGAGCAGCAUGUUGCCACCUGCUGGUGUGGUAAAGGCAUGGACACCAUCAAACAGUAUGAUCGUAGUGAAUCAACUUCAAGUUCAGUUCUUAUUGAUUAAUGGUGUGAUUGAUUUGCAGUCUGCAUGUAAAUUAUUAUUGUAUGUGAUAUCCUGGUGUGUAGUUGUACUGAAGAAAAACAUAAUGGAGCCAUUAUCUUUUCAUGAUGCAGUGUUCAGGUAGUGUGUGUGUGUGCGUGUGUGUGUGUGUGUGUGCGUGUGUGCGUGUGCAUCCUGAAACAAAUAAUAAUCAUGUGCAUUUAGACACUGCUCUUGAAUGACCACAUCCCUCGAUGUUAAUCACAUUGCACUUUGACUUAAUUUCCAAUUUUUUAUAUUUAAAUCAGAAUUUGUAUUUAUUCAUAGACAUGACCCUGACUUUGUGUGUGAAGUUAUCCUUAAGUUGUCCUGCUAGGAUAAUCAGGUUGUAUCUGCCCCUUGAUGUGGCAUUGUUAGUCACAGUUGAAUAUUCUUCUUAGGCCUUUUCUGUCAGCACAGAGACUCUUGCUUUAUGUUACAGAAGGAUGAAUUUGCUGGCAUGAGCAUCAGUGAGAGGUCUAGACCUUGGCAGCUAGUCCCUGGCCCCCCUAAGCUGCCAUCCUGACCAGGCUGAAGCUGCUUCCUGCCUCCCUUGCUUUCCAACUGUGCUAUCCAGAAGUGUUGACCCGUUCCACUGCAGUACAUGGAACGUGUAUAAGGCAUAUAUAUAGGUGUGGCAUUGUUUCAUAUGAGUGAAAUGUAUUAAUAGAUGGUUCAUGGUAUGAUAUGUGUGGGUUUAUAUCACAGAAUGCAAUCCCAAUGGCAGAUAAAGUGUUCUGUCACGUCUCUAUACUCACUUAUAUUCACUGGAAAGAGAAAAAAUGUAUCAUGGAACCAAAAAAUUUCCUGCUCCUGUGCUACUACAAUUUGAUGUGCAAAACGUAUUUGUAAGCAGUGAUAGUUUCAGAUUCUCACAUUCCAACAGUACUGCAUUACACCACUAAUACUGCACUGCUAAAAUAAAACUCAACUUAGGCCGACUAUUUUCACAUUUUAAUCAACUGUUAAACAUUCUUAAAUUUGUUUUAUUUGUGUGUCGGUUCCAUUUUCUUUCAAUUGUGACAAUAGACAAUACAUGUUGAUGCCUGAUAUAAAAAAUAUUAAAAAACGCCCGCAGUUAGAAUGGAUAGAAAAUGUGUGCGUGCCAGGCCACAGGAUAAGUUAGAAAUACUUCUCCUUGUGCUCUUUAAACACAUUUUAAUUAUGCAAAAAUAAAUCAUUUUACGAAGUAUGAACCAGAUAGCAAAGGGGAAUAUAUCAUGGAAGCAGAGGUCGGAGUAUGAAAUCUGACAUUAAACAAUACACAUUUGAAAAUCUUUUUCAU